UCUUUUUUUUUUAUUUUAACCCGAUCACCACGGUUCCGGCGAUCGUGUGAGUUAUUAAUUUAUUAUUAUUGCUCAUUCGAGUUAUUUUUAGUUUUGUGAAAUCUGUUUGCUUGAGUUCUUGGAAUAUUUCUUCGUCUUCGUUUAUUUUGUAUUUCCCUUAACACGCACUCUUUUUAACCAUAAAAAAAACGUUAAACAAGUAAAUAAACUUUCCAAUUAUUUAUUAACAAAGUGACACGAUCAGUGCGAGAUCAGUGAGAAAGAAAAGAGAGGAGAAGUGUCAUUAAGUGAUAUUGGUGAAAAUCUCUUCCGGUAAUUUAUAUGUUUUUAUUUUUUUUCAUCUCAAAAAGAUAUUGUGAAAGAAAAUAUAAAUCAAAAAAUUAAAAAGAAAAAAGAUUGCAAAAGUUAACCUACUUUCUACUAUAGGUACACAACACAUAUCGUGAAAAAAAGAGAAGAAGCACAGAAAAAAUUUAAUACCGUAUGGUUUUAAUCGUUUCUUUUUUUUUUGUAUUAUUUUUGUUUGUUUUGAAGUGUAAAAGUGCAACGUUUUAUCUCUUGGAUAUACCAAUCAAAAUAUAGAUACUCUAUGAUCUACUGAACACCUUCAUUCAUCAACGAUCAUCGAGGAGUCUUGUUUUUUUUUUUUUGUUUUAAGAAAAAUUAAAUAAACGUUACAAACAAAUAAAAGUUUGACUUUUUUUUGUGGAACGAAUAGAAAAAAAGAAGAAAUAUCUAAAAAUCUUGUGGAUAGACUUUUCAAGUAGAUACAUUUGCAUAAAGACUUAUUGUAUUUGCUUUAGAAAAACGAAUUUUGGGAAAAAAAGAAAAGAAAGAUACUUAAAAAAAAUAGUUAUAUCGGCUUAUGUGGAAAUAUCUGCUGUGGGUUGAUGAUUCGAGUGUAAACGGACCUUUGGAACAUUUUUUGAAUUUUUAAAGAGCUUAAAGGAGUUGAAGCAGCUUUAACUAAUUGGAUGUUUAAAAAGGAAAACCCCGUCGCAAACAAAACAUUAAUUGAUAUCAAUUUUCAUGUGUCACUUUUAAUGCCCGCACAGUUUUCUUUGAUCUAACAAAGAGCUCAAAAUAACGUUUAAAUAAAUAAAAUGGUAAAAUAAUCCAACUCAUAAUACUCGAGUUAACUCAUCAACAACUACAACCACAACGACAACACCAAACAACAACCACAAAAAAAACCAUGUCUUCUUCAAUUUGUCCGCACUUUGCCCAAAAUGCCUGGAAGAAAGAUCUCUGCUCAAAUUGUUUCAAAUCAAAAGAAGAACACAAACUAUCAGCAGUAUCUUCGUCGAAAAGCCGACGAACAGCUGCUAUAGACACCACAAAGACUGAUUAUCCGAAUAAAAACAAAGUGCCAGCUAGAAGUAUAAUCAAAGGCACAAAACCGAAAUCCAAAAAGACCAAUAAAGUUUGCUUCCCUAAACAAAUAUCUGAAGUAAUUGGUUAUGGGGGUGAUUGGUCAGAAGAUACAAAUAGUGAUGAUGAUGAUUUUAUGAAUGUGUCGAACAGCAAUGAUGAUCAAGGGUCAGCAGCUGUUGAUGAUGAAGAAAGUCUCGAACUGAAGAAGCUAACAAAAGCCAAUACCGAUUUCAAUAUGAAUAAUGGUAAUCUUUUGGGUGAUCCUCAAGAGAAUAUCAAAAAAUCCUUUGCAGCUCUUAAACUUGGAGCUCCACAAGUCGAUAAAGAAGGCAAGAAACAAACAUUGAAAAUCAAUGUAACACCUUUUGGUAGUUCGAAGAAGCUAAGCUCUGCUUCGAAGGCUAAAUUCGAAGUUAAAGAAGAACCAGUACAAAAGAAGACAGUCUCAAAAAUAAAUGUAAUGCCUCCUAGUUGUUCAUCAUUGGAGACUAAAACUCCACCAGAUGGAAAAAACAGUCCCCCAAUCGAACGAGCCAUGGAAAAGUCACUCUUAGAAGAAAUCUCCGAAACUCUGGAACAAAACAAGAGUGAUCAGAAGAAAAAACUCCAAAACAAAUCUCCCCCAACUGAUACAAAAAUCAAAUUCGAAAUCCAGAGUCUGGCCGAUAUCCAAGAGAACAAGCCAUUUCUCGACCUUAAAAAGCCCAUUGCCAGGAACUCUCCCAUUACCAAGGACCAGAUCAAGCCAAAAAUAAAUGUCAGCUCCAUUCCGAAAUACUCCGACUCCGAAAGUAAUUGUUCGGACAGUGAGAAUGGAGUUUCGGCUUACUAUGAUGUUGUAGAAUCCGAAAUGAGCUAUGAAAAUGUUCCAGAUGGAAAGUCUCAAAAAGAAGAAGAUCAAACGGAUAGUGGGGAAGUUGCGACAAAACUUGAUUCGGACGAUUCAAACUCUGUUUACUCAAGUUCUCAGUACAUAACUGAUAUUUUGCUAUCUUCGAAGACCCGUUCUGCUACUUAUUCCCUACACGAGGGAAACUUUAUGACCAGCAAGAUCACUUCCGAUGGAUUGAUCGUGACAAAGUGCAGUUCUGAUGAUGCAUUGGAUUCCACAGGAUCAAGUUUCGAUGGAAGCAGUGAUGAAGAGACAUCUUCAUACAAUAUGACCAGGAGUGAAUCGGAUUCUGGGAUUGGUAUUUCAAUCGGGAAUGAUUAUAAGAAUCUUAAUGAAAAAUCCAGUGUCGAGAAGAAGCUUAGUGCCAGCACAAAUAAUUCAGACUACGAGGACAUCCAGGUCACAGAUCAGAUGUCCUCAGUGACAACAAAGAGCUUCUCUUUGGAAAAAAGUCGAGAAUUAGCUGGAGAGCCUGAUGGCAGUGCUGAUCCUGACGGAAGUUUGGAGAAUCAGCAGCAGCAAUUACCAGCAUUGCCAAAGUCUCCACCACCGAUGGCAGUAUCCCAUGAGGCUAGGCCAUCGUUCCUUCAUGGUUUGCAAAAGAACUCGCCAGCUAAAAAGCCUGAACUCCCAGCUAAACCAUCAGUGAUGAAAAGCUUCACUCCAAAACGUCAGCCAACAUCUGCCGAACAGCAGGUGAUCACACAAUUGCAGCAAGUUAUGAAGCCAUCAACAACUCCCAACUCAGCCGAUGCAAUGGACACUGCCUUGGAGGAACAAUCUAAGCUUCUGAAGAAGGGUCGUGCACCAAGUCGCCCUCAACCUGAAGAACCAAAAUCCAGUGCACCUCCGACUCCAGAACGUGACUAUAACAUUGCCGUCGAACUAUCCCCAGAUCCGGAGAAGACUCCAACUGAAGAAUGCAAGAAUUCUUCCGAUGAAACAACUUCUCAAUCAUUAACCCCCCAACAGCAACAACUUGCUUCUGCCACAAAUAGCAUCUAUACAAGAAAACAACAGACAUCGAUUACCGUAGGCGUCAAGAGCACAGCCUCGCCGGUAAUUCGAGAAAAAGACAAACGUGAACGAGCCACAGUCAAUCCCAAGUUCCGGUCUUUGAACACAUUUUCUUCCCAUCGUAAGGCUCAGCUGACACAACAACUCUCAGCAUCGCCUCCUUCGUCGCCAGCAGGUCAAUUUAUCACUCUUACUCCAGAGUCAUCUUCAGCACAACAACAAUCUCGUAAGAGCUUCUCCCUUUCUGAAGAAUGCUUAACCAUGACAGAUGACAUGAAGAAACAACAACAACAAUCACAGCAAAAGAAAAAUAAAUUCUCGAUUAGGAAAUUCCUUCGUAUGGGAGCUAGCAAAACCACAGACAAUUUGCAUAAAAAGGAUGGUAUUUAUUCGGAAAUUGUGACGGGCGACGAAUCGGGAGUGGUUGCCAUGGGUAAGCCUCGUCUAGUGAUCAUACAUCCGAUCGAUAUAAAUCCCACGGCUGUCGAAGUGGUUAAGGAUAUAACGAAAACUAAUGACAGUGUCACAUCACAGACAAUUGUGGUGACAACGAAUGGUGCAGCAGCAACAGCAAAUGGUAAUAUUAGUAAUGGUGGCAAUGCAGGCAAACCACCAGCUCCACCAUUGCGUAAGAAUGAUUCUGGAGCUGGACAAAAGAAUCAUGAGGCCAAUAAACCAGCUAGGCCACCGCCACCCAAGAGUGCUGAAUUGCGCCGGAAACAGCAGAAGAUUAGUUUUGAUAUGAAAACCGGUGCUGGUGCUGGAGGAUCAGUCAAGUGCAAAGUGGAUAAUGUCUAUGCGAAUUUAGGUGAAAUUCGCUCAUCAAUAGCCCCUCGUAAGCCUGAACGUACAGCUAGUAUGCGUGAGCGUGAAGCUCAACUCGAGCUGGCACGUAAACGUCAGGGAAAUAACGAAAAUGCCGAUAACAUCUCCAUUUGUUCAUCAAACGGUGACAUUGUCACGGCAGAUAUUUCUCAAACUACACAAAUACAAAAUACUCCACAAACAACAUCUUCAAGUGCCGCUACUGCCCAAGGCUAUUCCUCCAAAGAAGCAGCAGACACCAAUAGCAGCCACACCAGUUCAUUUGAAAGGCUUAAACGAACCAACACAGACCAACAACAACAACAGAUAUCAUCAUCAAGUGCAACUUCAACCUUAGACUCGACACGACCAAGCAGCUUAAAAGAUUCAGUCCGCAAGAUCAAUAGCACUAUCGAUAGUUACUUAAAGGACAAGCGCGACUAUGAGAAUUUGUAUGAGUUUGUUAAGACCGGACCGGGUGCAUCGGAGGCAUCUUCACCGCCUCCACCAACACCUCCAGCUCGAUCGGUGGAUGCGGCAGCAAUGGCUCGUGCUGUGGCCAGACGUCCACCACAGCCAUUUUCAGAUAAUGCUUCAAUUUCUGGUGCUAGUUAUACACGCAGCGAAUAUGGUUCGCCAUCUCCUCGUUAUGGCCUCAACAAUAGUCUAGCUAACAUUCCAAGAGUUAUAUCGGCGUCAUAUUGCGGCAGUGAAAUAGGCGAAUUCGAUAUUUAUUCACCAUAUAGCUAUUAUGGUAGUGAGGCUGGCGGUGAUGUUGCUACGGAUAUAAAUGAUAGUGUUUGGGGCGUACCAUCGGCCAUUAAAAAUCGAACCAAAGCAACUAACCGUCUGCGCAUGCGCAAAGGCAGAAGUGUUGUACACAAAACUAUUGAAGAUAAUUACACUGCUGUGGUAGUAGCGAAUCAUGAGGCAUUGGCGCAAGUUUUAGAUCAGCUCCAACAAACCCCCAUCAUACCUCCAGCACUACGUCCUCUUGCCAACGCCAUAAACUUACGCUUCGAAGACUUUACUGUCAUUGAAGGUCACCAAGCAUUUGUCGUUGGCAAAAAGGCUUUCCAUGCAGCCGUUUGGACAACAGCACCGGUCACAUUAGCCUUGUCAGGUGAUUGUAAUCAACUUUCAGGAGUUGGUGGCGAACUAUGUCAACUUACUGGUGGUGUCAGUGGUGUUCUCAAUCCAAUAACAGAAUUCUGCGAUCUUGUGCCCAGUUACCAUCUGCCUCUAAUGCCAACCACUGAAGUGCGUAUGUUACAAGCCACAAUAUCAGUGUUGCCUCGCUUGCAACUAGAAACUCUACAAUCUAUUGGAACAAUUCUCAAAAAUAAGUCACAAAUGCUGGACAAGUCGUUGUAUAAUUUCCGUGGUUCGAUACCAAAUUUGUCAGGUUUGAAGGAGAAUGGCAUGAGCUUGCGGAAUGUAUGCUCGGUAUCGAAUCUAUGUUCGCUAAGUGAAGAUGCCAAGGCUGCUGGAGCAGAGAAGAUGGAGGAAUCUCAACUUGUUCCUGGUAUGCCAUCGUUUGACGAUGUUAUGUCACGAGAAGUUGCAUUUAUUAUGUUGCAAUUGGUCAAUGGACUUAAGAAUCUCCAAGCAAAGGCCAUCGAAGAGAUGCCACUUAGCUUGUCCAAUGUGGUGCUGGCAAAAGAUGUUGAAAACAAAGAUGCUCAGGCAAGACUUUGUGUUCUACAAGGGAAUAGCAACAAUGAAGAGGACGAACCAAUGGGCACUCUAUGCCGCUGCGCACACAUUGCCCUCAGUGAAAUGCUUCCACCCACUAAAAUGACUUCGAUUUUAGCCGAUAUCCUUUUGCAAGAACGUUCCGAGUCCUUGUCGAAGGCAAAGUCAGUGCUAGAAUUCGUUCUGUGGGGUCCUUCGGAUGUGAUCCUCUCCGGAUCGACAAAGGAACGUGAACUUGCUCUCCAACGUUGGCUGGAUUUAGAAAGAGCAACAGUUCUCCAUGGCUUAGUUCGAACUCGAGUUGAACUCACUGUCUACGAUGAAUGUCAUUUGAUGUUUUUGGUGCGAUCGAAUGCAAAGAUGAUGAACGAUGCAGCAAAAACUGUUUCCAGCUAUCAAAAUGGCAAGGAAUAGAAAA